GGAAGCAGUGGUUUCUGCAACACAAGCGUCUAUUUCCAACUGAAUACCGAGGAAUAAGUUGAGCAUUUUCAACGAAACAAAGAUGAUGCGAAGACCCCGAUCAACAACUGCCAAAGUUGUGGAGAAGAGAGAUAUGGACUCUGACUUGUCCUUUUCCCAGACAGCGAGUAGCGAUGAGGACAAUGAGGAGUGGAAGCCUCCAGAGCCAAAGCCAAAAGCCUCCAGCAAGACUGCAAAAGCCCCUGCAGACGGGGAGAAGAAAGCAGCCGCCAAGAAAGCUGCUAAACCAAAGGAGCCAAAAGCACCCAAACAACCAAAAGCUCCCAAAGUUCCUAAACCAAGGGCACCACGAAAACCAGCAGCAGAGCGAAAAACACAGGCCCUAAAAGUUGCAAAGGAUCGUGGUGCAUCUGGGUUGGCUGGAGCAAAGAGGAAAAACAUUGAUGAAGGCAAAAAUGAUGAUAAGGCAGGAGAAGAUGAAGGAGAAGAACAAACAGACGGUCCAGUGGGAGAAAAGGCAGAUCAUGGGCCAAGUAUCGGAAUGAAGGAGGAGAGGGUGUCAUUUAUCGUGUCAGAAGCUCAUCGGGCAGACACGUGGACAGGUGAAGGGACGUCACUAGCUGGGGUUCGAGCAAAGAAAGAGGAAGUGGAGGAGGAUUAUACGUUUGAUGAGCCCUGCCUAAAGAAACAGAAGACCAGUGGUGCCUGCUUUGGACAAUCAACUGCCUUAAAAUCAUCAGAAGCUAUGAGGAAUGAACUCAAUAUGAAUUGGGACUUAAUGGAGCUUCUGUCCACCCUGACAUGUGUAGAGAAAUGGGUGUGUGCAAACAUCAUCGGACUGCUUCGUGAGGAGAACACCGUGCCGUUCAUGGUGCGCUACCGCAAAGAGAUGAUUAACCACAUGGACGCUGAUGCUGUCCGAGACGUCCAACUGGUGUAUGAAGAGAUAUGCUCUCUAGCCAAGAAGACCCAGUCUGUGAUCCAGACUCUAAAGAAGGACGGUGUUUUGACAGCUGAACUGGAACAAGACCUAAGAAGCUGCCGAUCAGCUGAUGAACUGGAUCAUGUGUACUCUCCCUAUAAGAAAGGCAGUAAGCUGACGAAGGCUCGCAGGGCCAAAGCGCUCGGCCUUGAGGCCGCCGCCUCUGCACUCUUGGACACACCGCACACUUUGGAUUUAAGGCAGUGGGUAAAACCUGGCACUGAGGGUCUGUCAUCGGUGGAGGAAGUGGCUACAGGUGUGGAGCAUAUCUUGGCUGAUAUGAUAGCCAAAGACCCUGAGACACUGACCUACGUGAAAACAUUGUGUGAGAACAGCUUUGUGACCAUCCAGUCCUCUGUGUCCAAGUCGGCACUUAAGGAAAAAGAGCAGAAGUCUGAACAAGGUCACAAAAAACCAGGCGCCCAACAAAACAAAAACAAGGACAUUGACAAGUUUCACCUCUACGUUGACUUCACCUGCAACAUCCACCGCAUCCAGCCCCAUCAGACAUUGGCUAUUAACCGAGGGGAGAGUCUGAAGAUUUUGACAGUGAAGGUGAACAUUCCCGACAGGGUGAGGAGUGACUUCACAAGGUGGUGCAUCAACAACAGGUGGAGGCCGAAGACGUUUGCAAAAGAAGAGCUUCGUGCAAUCAUCAAGAAUGCAGUAGAGGACUCUUAUAAAAGGCUUAUUCUGCCUUUUCUCACCAGGAGUUACAGGACUAAGCUAACAAGUGCAGCAGAGAAGGAGUCGAUCGCCAUGUUUGUGCGGAAUCUCCGUCAGCGACUGCUGGUGUGUCCCGUCAGAGGCUGUGUCAUCAUGGGGGUGGACCCUGGCUUCAGACAUGGCUGUAAACUGGCAAUUCUCUCCCCCACGAGUCAGAUUCUCCAUACUGACGUUGUGUACCUGCAUAAUGCAAACCAGCAAAAAGAAGCAGAAAAACUGUGCCACCUUAUGAUCAAGUACAGCUGUGUCAGGGUUGUCAUUGGCAACGGGACGGCGUGUCGUGAGACUGAGUCUGUCUUUGCUGACCUCAUCUCUAGGCGCCGUUUUCACCCCCUGGACGUCUCCUACUGUAUAACCAAUGAAGCCGGAGCAUCCAUCUACAGUGUGAGUCCUGAGGCGGUCAAAGAGAUGCCAGACAUGGACCCCAACCUUAGGAGUGCAGUUUCCAUUGGAAGACGUGUCCAAGAUCCCCUGGCUGAGCUCGUGAAGAUUGAUCCCAAACACAUAGGCAUUGGAACGUACCAGCAUGAUGUGUCAGCCGGCGCUCUGAAGGCAGCGUUGGAUGGCGUGGUGCAAGAAUGUGUGAGCUUCGUCGGGGUGGACAUCAACAUCUGCUCAGAGACACUGAUGAGGCAUGUGGCAGGCCUCAAUGCAGGCAGGGCGCGGAGUAUUGCAGAGUGGAGAGAGCAGAAUGGCCCCUUCAUCAACAGAGAGCAACUCAAACUGGUCAAAGGCAUGGGGCCCAAGACCUACCAGCAGUGUGCCGGCUUCAUAAGAAUCAACCCUCAAACGCUACACAGUGCCUCACCUCAGCCUGCACCAGAGAAACCAGCAGCCAAGAAGGGGAAGGGAAAGACUGGCAUCAACAUACCAACCUCAUUUAACCCCCUGGACCAGACCUGCAUACACCCAGAGUCCUACCAUGUGGCACAAAGGUUUCUGACUCUUGUGGGUGGCAGUGCAGACCAGAUUGGGAGUGCAGGCCUGCAACAGUGUGUGGAGAGCAAGGUUAGGACCAGCAGUGUCGAGGAACUGGCCAGGACAGUGGACACCACACCCGAGACCCUUAAACUCAUCAUAGACGGCCUCACGCAGCCUCCUGGGUUUGACAUAAGACAAAAUUUUGGGCAGGCGGACUUUAAGCGGGGCAUUGUGUCGAUGAGUGAUCUACGGGUGGGUGCGGUGCUGACAGGCCGGGUGGACAACACAACAUUGUUCGGGGCUUUUGUAGAUAUCGGCGUGGGCCGUGCGGGCCUCAUCCACAAGAGCAACAUCACACUGGACAAACUGCCUGUCAGUCAGCGCCGUCGCAGCCUGGCGUUGGGACCUGGGGAACGGGUGGAGGUCCGGGUCCUGAAUGUGGACCUUCAAAGGGGACGGAUCGGGCUGGACCUGAUCAGGGUCCUGCAAUAGAGUUACUUCAUUCCCUUAAAUAAUAUUCUAUAAGUGAACUGGAUUUAAGACAGGAAAAUACACAAAAAAUGUAUUUCAGGAUGUUUACAGUGAUUGUAGAUGAGAACUGACGGUUAUAAGCAGAGCUCAACAGGCAACCUGAUAAGACUUGCCCUUAACUCUGUGAUUGUAGUUACACACAUUCAACAAAUGUUGGCAUUAUUUGCAAUGGCUUGCAAUUUUCAAGUACAGUUUAAGUUAAAAGAGAGAUUCUUAGUUUUAAAAUAAUGCAGCUCAGAACAGCUGUUACAAGUCCACUGAAAUCACGCCGAACUUUCUCACUGCCAUGUUACUGGCUGGGAGGCUUUCUUUCUACAACGUGAAAUAAAUCUGCAUGCUGUAGCUCUCAAAUGUGCAAUUUAUUGACGCUUCAACAACUGACAGCUCAAGCUCUUCCUCAGACUUGAGGAUGUUUUGGGCUCACACUUGAGGAAAAGUGUGAACUCAAAAAUGUGGAUGUGUCAAUAGAUUGCACAUUGACUGCUAUUGUAUUUGUCCAGCUCCUGCCUGAUAUAGUUUUUGGAGCGUGGGUACAGCUACUAUGCUUUUAAGGGGAGACUCUCUUUCCCCUGAAGUCAUUUUCUCAGGUAGUUCUUACUCUCAGCCUGUUUACGCCUUCUGUGUGUCGUUGGGAAUGGUACUUUGCAUCUAAACCUAGUUGCCUAAUUCAGGCAAAAAUCUCAAUUUUUGACCAUCAAUUUUAUGACUAGCUCUCCGCUCACACUGCCAUCUACUGGUCAUAAGAGAGGAUGGCUAGACUUAAUGAGAGGGAACCUACUAUAACUUCAUACUUGAGCUGCAGUUGUUAAUUUUUUCUUGGAAUAUAAUAUUACUUAAAUAUUGUUUACAUACUUAAAUAAAUUCAAAUCUCUCAA